AUGGGGUGAUGUUACAAUCACGUUCGUCAAUUUGCUCCAUUUUUGAAUGGCCGAGCUGCUUAUUUCGCUCUUUUUGCACAGUAUCGUGGAAGGGGGCACUUCACCAAUGAACGCCAAGCUGCUGUCCGUGUCCUUGCAACAGUUCACUGGAACGGUAAAGCUCGGGGCUUCACUUGGAAUUCUUUUAUCAGUCGCCUUAUUGGAGCCUUCAACGACCUCGAGUUGAACGGUGAUCCACGCUCUGAUGCAAAUAAGGUUGACGUACUUCUCAAGAAAACUGUUGGAGAUUCCUCACUUUCCAAUGGAAGAUCACAUGUUACAGGAGAUGCCGUUCUCCGCUCCAAUUUCCAAGGUGCCAUCGAUAAUUUAACAACACAAGUCUUAGCUGCAGGUAACGACAACACCCAGCGCCGCAAUCGACAACUUGCUGCUUUCACACAAGGUGGUGGUGGCGGACAUCGCUUUAGCCGCAAUGGUAUCCUACUAAAUGAUGGAGGUUACUCAAAUCAAAUCUGGAGAGAGGAGUUUACACAAGAGGAACGAAAUAUUUGUCUAGAGAUGCGUCACAAUCGCCGCAAUGGUGGUGGUGGUCGUGGCGGAAGAGGCCGCGAAGGCCUUGGUGGUCGUGGUCGUGGUAUCAGCGCUGUCCAUGAUGGACGAGCUGAUCAAGAAGAAACAAAAGAAGAAGAUAACAAUGAUGGGCGUGGGGCAGGUGCAGGAAUGAGUCGUCGCCAUCGCAACAAUGGUGGGCGCGAUUGA